CACCCACCAUCCAAAAUUGGUGGUCUGAAUCUUCACACGCCUAUGAGUCAGUGCACACAUCUCCCACCGUCCAAAAAAAUAGUGGUGGGAAUCUUAACACACUACUCAAAAUGGACUUUUGAGAAUUCACAUCUCGAAAUGCUGCCAGAUUCCAAUCAACGAUUUUGAAAUUGUGGGACCAAUAUGAAAUGGUGAUAGCCCAGAUGAAGGGCGCUCAAACCUGCCCUGGCUAUUUGGAUCAGACAAUCCUGGCCGAUUGUUCAGUGGGCUAUGAAAUGGACAACGAUUAAGAUAUAUCUAUUCAGCGUAAAUUUGGCCGGCGCUGGAUGAAGCUCAUUUGUGCCACGUGUACAGUGUAGGUGUCUGUAUACGAUAAAUAAAAAGACAAUAAAACAAACCAUGAUACUAGUGACCGAGUCGUAGUCCUUUAAUUAGUUCUUAAACAAACUAAUUUCAACAGCAUGUGUAAAAAAAAACCAAAGCCAAGUAUCUGAGCUACAGCUCCCUAUAGCAGUAACUUGAACGUUGGUCCGCUAGUAAUUUAAAUAUUCAAAUGACUGUGACACCAGCUCUCCCCCUUUGCUACAAAACAAUCAUCCAAAUUCCUUGCAAAUCCAGUAGACCAUGGGCACAAGAAAGCGUUUUUUCUUCUCUUUUACUCCUAAUGUGAGGAAGAAGCUCUAAUGGAGUCCAAGAGAUGGAAAAUCGUCGCAGCUGCUAUCGUCAUUUCCCUCCUCAUCUUGGUCAUCGUCCUCCGCUUCUCCAUCGGCCUUUGCAAGGCCUUCUUUGUAAUCACUGGUGUCUUUCUUGCUGUAAUUCUCGCAAUCUUCAUUUGGGUGUUUGUUUUAUAUGCUGUUGAUCGUUGGCGAAGGAGAUCGUUGGAGAAUCGAAAGGCUUUUGAAGGAGAACAACUCCGCCUCGAAUAUAGCUUCCUUAGGAGGGUUGCUGGGUUGCCAUCAAAAUUCCGGUACGAAGAGCUCGAGGCAGCGACUGACAAUUUCCAAGCAUUGCUUGGCCGAGGUGCCUCCGCUUCUGUCUUCAAAGGGAUUCUCGAUGACGGCACUCCUGUCGCUGUGAAACGGAUCGAGGGGGUGGAGCAUGGGGACAGAGAGUUCCGUGCGGAGGUCACUGCGAUAGCAAGUGUCCAGCAUGUCAAUCUCGUCCGCCUGCUCGGAUACUGCUGUGUCAUUGAUGGGCCCCGCUUCCUUGUCUAUGAAUUCGUCCACAAUGGUUCAUUAGAUGGGUGGAUCUUCCCACAGGGGAACUGCCGGGGUGGCAGAGAUGAUUGCCUAUCAUGGUCCUUGAGGUACAGGGUUGCGAUUGAUGUUGCAAAGGCGCUCGCAUACCUCCACCACGAUUGCCGGUCGCGGGUUCUGCACCUCGACGUCAAGCCAGAGAACAUACUCCUCAACGAGAACUUCCGCGCGCAGGUAUCGGAUUUCGGGUUGUCGAAAUUGAUGGGGAGAGAUGAGAGUAGAGUGGUCACAACAGUUAGAGGAACCCGAGGGUACUUGGCCCCUGAAUGGCUCCUAGAAAACGGAAUUUCUGAAAAAUCUGAUGUCUACAGCUAUGGGAUGGUGCUUUUAGAGCUUGUGGGUGGCCGGCGAAAUGUAUGUUUGGUCGGCAAUGGCAACAAUUCCCAGAAAAAAUGGUCAUAUUUUCCCAAAAUUGUAACAGAGAAGGUCAGAGAAGGGAAGAUCAUGGAGGUGUUGGAUGAGAGGCUGGUCAGAUGUGGGGGAAUUGAAGAGAGGGAAGUCAAGAUCUUAGUUCAUGUGGCACUGUGGUGCAUUCAAGAGAAGUCUAAGCUCAGGCCCAGUAUGGCGCGUGUGGUCGACAUGCUUGAAGGGCGGGUGCAUGUGGACGUGCCACCUCAGACCGAGAUGAUCAUCGUCGAUCUCUUGUCCAUUGAUCAGGCUCCAACGGAGGGUCCCACUGGAAAUGGGCACACCAGACCAGUGGGGCGUCAGAUAGAGGGCCAGGUCCCCACCACAUCCACUUACUCUUUUGCCAUGUCGUCUUUAUCAGGGUCCGAAGCAGGUAUGCCUGGUGUGGUCUAAGCAGGAGAAUGCGUUGAGUGGUCCAAGCUGAUUGUGGAUGCAAUCUAAUGAGGUGUGCUCAGCACCCAAAGGAGGAGAGUAAAGGGGUGGUUGUUAGAGGUAAGCAAUUAACCUCUCUCUCUCUCUCUCUCUCUCUCUCUCUCUCCUUUCUAGCCGCCUGCCACAUGGCCCUCACUAGGGGUUGCCACCUGUCCAAACCCACAUGCUUGAUUGCACAGUAAAUAACCAUACAAUGGACUGUAUUGGAUCAUUCUCCUACCUUAACUGGAACUAGCAAAGCAUUCUUCAUUCCUUCAAGCAAACGAAUUAAACUACUACCAUUCAAACACAAGCACCUUGAGCUAGCUUAUGUAACUCUAUUUGAAAACCCUAUUUGUUCAACUGAUAUUUAAUCACAUUUCAUUAUUACAGGAUGCAUUGUCACUAUGGCCCAUGGAUCUGGGUCAUGCUCAACGAUCCAAACCGUAGAUCUGACCAGACACAGUUGAUGGUGGUUGCUUUGAAAAUAGUCAAAAUAGAUAAAUCAAAGACCCACAAAAUAACGGUUAAGAAGACCCUCUAUAUGUUGAAAUAUACCAAUCUGAAAGUUUUUAUUGUUUCUGUUGGUCCGCGCUGGGGCCCAUCAUAUAAAUGGUUUGGAUCACUGAAAAUGGAAACGGAUUCAAGGGCUAUAGUUCCCAUGCAUCCUACAACAAUAGGUGGUCUGCAUUGUAGCAAACCUCUGCAAGUAAAUCUCGUUGGAAUCAGCCAGGCAAUAUGACAAACUUGGGAGAAUCAGAAUAGAAUUGACAUAAAUGAUUUCCAUCCCAAUCAAGGAAUAGGAAUGUAAAGAACAAUAUCAGUUUCUAUUCCAUUUGGAUAAAAGGGGAGAUAGUGACAUCUUGGAGAGUUUCGAGAUGGGAUGAUAUGGCCCACUAGAUUCUCCUGGGCAGACCACUGCUCAUACAUGUUUAGUCGAUUGAUUUUCUUCAAACUCCUACAACAUUUUCUUUUAUCUUUGGUACAAUCACAUCAAAAGGCCUAAGUUUAACAAACCCAUCAAUCACACCUGUCGCCAUGCCUUAGUGGUAGACUUGCAUGAGUUUUAACACGAGGUCAUGGGUUCAAACAUCCAUUGUGGUGCCAGUGUGUGGGGUUGUGAGUGCGUAGAAAAAAAACCUGUCUCUGUUAUAUAUAAUACCCAUAGCUUUGGACAUUUUUGUCCUCACAAUUAGUCUUCACUUCAAUGGCUAAAAGAGGGUAAAUUCGUCAUAAAAUGUAGUUGCUUGGCUGUGCAUAGAUUGCACCCACUUCCUUUCUUCCCUUUUAAUGCAUGUAGCCUGCACUAACCUCUCUCGGUUUAGUUGGACUGGCAUGAAAGCUAGGGAGCCCAUGUGACAAAGGCUUUGUUUGUCCACC